UUUGAGGACAAAGUCAGAUUCCUGAAAGAGACCAUCUAUCAAAUCACAAAACUGUUUGAUGGGAAUAUGAAGGCUGUCACCUGGGACAAGAAAAACCUGGACGAUUUCCUCAACAUUCUAGAACGGCAAUUGGAGAACCUUAAUUCCUGUGUAUCACCUGCCAUGAAACCUGAGAGGAGACURAAACGGUACUUCAAGAAGUUGAAUAAGAAGGUUCUGAGAAAAAUGAACUACAGUGCGCAGGCGUGGGAGCUCAUCAGGAAAGAGACAAAACGUCAUCUGCAAAGAUUGGAUAUCCUUGCRGCACAGAUGUACUGAUCAUCCAGACUCAUCUCAGAAGCUACGCCCUUACCAGUUUAUAAAACAUGAAUACAAUCAUGUGGGGCCCUGUCAGUCUAUUUAUUAUAUUUAAAUCCAUAAAUUAUUGUUUUUUAUUUUUAUAAUUUAUAUUUUGUAUUUCCCUUUUGUACCUUUGUUGAACUGUACU